CAACGAUUUAGUUCGGUUUUAUAAGGUUGUUUUUUCAAGGGUGGUUUAGGAGGUUAGAGUUAUAGUAGCAAUUGGUACUGGAGAAGAUUGGAUUUAAUUUUUAUAAAAGGAGUGGACUCUUAUUUCGUCAUGGCUGGAAGGUCUAUAAAAUUAGGAAACGCACUAAAAGAACUAAGAAUACACUUUUGCCAGACUUCUGAUGCCAGUAAGGGUGUAAGGGACUUUGUGGAAAAGUUUUAUGUACCAUUGAAACAAGCAAAUCCAAAGUUUCCUAUUCUUAUUAGAGAGUGCAGUGGAGUACAGCCCAGAGUUUGGGCAAGAUACGGGUAUGGAAAGGAGUCAAGUGUUUCCCUGACUAAUGCACAAGCAGAAAAUGUUCUGAAGGAAAUAGAAAAACUUGCAGCAAAAAAUUGAUUUCUGAGCAACAGAUUUUGUAUGUAAAUAAGUUAUAAAUUGUUAGUAGGUAAUAAAUGUGAAUAGUUUAACAUUGUUUAA